CCGGAGAGUGUGUUGGAGUGAUGUCAGGGCUAGCUGGGUUGAAUGCAUCCGUACUUCCUGUAUCAGAGCAGGCUUGGCUAAAUACCAGCGGGUUUUUCUCCUCCUGACCUAGCGAGCUGCUGCGGGAGGAGGAGGAGGAGAAGGAUUGUCAGCCCGCGAUCGCGCGCGUCUCCCCUUCGGAACGUGGCUUGGCAUCUCCAGGCGGAGAGAGCUGCAUGUGGGCGAGCAAAGCCCGGGGGAGAUCAUGGCAGUGCUCAAACUGACCGACCAGCCACCGCUGGUCCAAGCAAUUUUCAACGGUGAUCCUGAUGAGAUACGUAUAUUAAUCUACAAAACUGAAGAUGUUAAUGCUUUGGACACGGAGAAGCGCACCCCGCUUCAUGUUGCUGCUUUCUUGGGAGAUGCAGAAAUUAUUGAGCUCCUUAUCUUGUCCGGAGCCCGUGUCAAUGCCAAGGACAACAUGUGGCUGACCCCUCUCCACCGAGCUGUUGCUUCAAGGAGUGAAGAAGCCGUACAAGUAUUGAUUAAGCAUUCAGCUGACGUCAAUGCCAGAGACAAGAACUGGCAGACACCCCUACAUGUUGCAGCUGCAAAUAAAGCUGUGAAGUGUGCUGAAGUGAUAAUUCCACUUCUGAGUAGUGUCAAUGUCUCCGACAGAGGAGGUCGGACAGCAUUACACCAUGCAGCUCUGAAUGGCCACGUUGAAAUGGUGAGUUUACUUUUGGCUAAAGGAGCAAAUAUUAAUGCCUUCGACAAAAGAGACCGAAGAGCUUUACAUUGGGCAGCAUACAAGGGCCACUUGGAAGUUGUUUCAUUACUAAUCAGUCAUGGGGCUGAAGUGACAUGUAAAGAUAAGAAAGGUUACACUCCACUUCAUGCUGCUGCAUCCAGUGGUCAGAUCAGUGUAGUGAAACACUUGCUCAAUCUUGGUGUGGAGAUUGAUGAAAUGAACAUCUAUGGAAAUACUGCCCUUCAUAUUGCUUGUUAUAAUGGGCAGGAUUCUGUGGCUAAUGAGCUGAUAGACUAUGGAGCUAAUGUCAAUCAGCCUAAUAACAGUGGAUUCACUCCCCUCCAUUUUGCUGCUGCGUCUACUCACGGGGCCCUUUGUCUGGAACUACUUGUGAAUAAUGGGGCAGAUGUAAACAUUCAGAGUAAAGAUGGGAAAAGCCCACUGCAUAUGACAGCUGUCCAUGGGAGGUUUACACGGUCACAAACUCUCAUUCAGAAUGGAGGUGAAAUUGACUGUGUUGAUAAGGAUGGCAACACUCCCCUCCAUGUGGCUGCAAGAUAUGGACAUGAACUUUUGAUUAAUACCUUAAUAACCAGUGGAGCUGAUGCUGCCAAAUGUGGCAUCCAUCGCAUGUUUCCUUUACACUUGGCAGCACUUAAUGCACAUGCUGACUGCUGUAGGAAGUUGCUUUCAUCAGGACAAAAGUAUAGCAUAGUGUCCUUGUUUAGUAAUGAGCACGUGCUGUCUGCAGGCUUUGAUAUAGACACCCCAGAUAAAUUUGGAAGGACGUGCCUCCAUGCUGCUGCUGCAGGAGGCAAUGUUGAGUGUGUGAAACUCUUGCAGAGCAGUGGAGCAGAUGUAAAUAAAAAAGACAAAUAUGGAAGAACACCUUUGCACUAUGCAGCUGCAAAUUGUCAUUUUCAAUGUAUUGAGAUGCUGGUAACUGCGGGGGCCAAUAUUAAUGAAACUGAUGACUGGGGACGAACAGCUUUACAUUAUGCUGCAGCCUCAGACAUGGACAGAAAAAAGAAUAUUUUGGGUAACUCCCAUGAAAACUCUGAAGAAAUUGAAAGAUCCAAUGAAAAGAAAGAAAAAGAAGCUGCAUUGUGUCUAGAAUUUCUUCUUCAAAAUGAAGCGAACCCUUCAAUCCAAGAUAGAGAUGGCUAUAAUACAGUGCAUUAUGCUGCUGCUUAUGGACACAGGCAGUGUCUAGAACUGCUUCUGGAGAAAACAAAUAACUUUUUUGAGGAAACAGAUUCAACAUCAGCAAGAAGUCCUUUGCAUUUAGCUGCCUAUAAUGGUCACCAUGAAGCAUUAGAAGUGCUGCUUCAGUCACUAGUAGAUUUGGAUAUUAGAGAUGAAAAAGGACGUACUGCCCUGGACCUUGCUGCAUUUAAAGGACACAUGGAAUGUGUUGAAGCGCUCAUCAAUCAGGGUGCUUCUGUCACAGUGAAAGAUAACAUCACACAACGAACCCCACUCCAUGCCUCAGUCAUCAAUGGGCAUACAUCAUGUCUACGACUUUUAUUAGAAGUAACAGAUAACCCUGACGUAGUGGAUGCCAAAGGACAAACUCCACUGAUGCUAGCUGUGGCUUAUGGGCACAUAGACGCUGUUUCUUUGUUACUUGAAAAAGAGGCAUCCGUUGAUGCAGCUGAUAUCCUGGGAUGUACUGCUUUACAUCGAGGGAUUAUGACAGGGCAUGAGGAAUGCAUUCAAAUGCUGUUGGAACAAGAAGUAUUAAUUCUGUGUAAGGAUUCCAGAGGCAGGACACCUCUACAUUAUGCAGCAGCUCGUGGUCACGCCACAUGGCUGAGUGAAUUAAUGCAGUUGGCACUUUCGGAAGACUACAAUUUUAAAGAUAAUCAGAAUUAUACACCAUUGCACUGGGCUUCUUAUAACGGAAAUGAAAACUGUAUAGAGGUACUGUUGGAACAUAAAGCUUUUCGCAACUUUCAUGGAAACUCUUUUUCUCCAUUGCACUGUGCGGUAAUAAAUGAUCAUGAAAAUUGUGCUUCACUACUCAUUGGGGCAUUUGGUGGUGGCAUUGUUAAUUGCAAAGAUGAAAAAGGAAGAACUCCACUUCAUGCAGCAGCCUUUGCUGAUCACGUAGAAUGCUUGCAGCUCCUUUUAAGUCACAAUGCACAAGUAAAUGCUGCAGAUAAUUCAGGGAAAACUCCACUUACCAUCGCUGCUGAAAAGGGGCAUGUAGGAACUGUAGAUUUUUUGGUGAACAGUGCUAAGGCUGAUUUAACCUUGAUGGAUAAUGACUUGAAUACAUCAUUGCACUUGGCUAGCAGUAAAGGUCAUGAAAAAUGUGCCUUGUUGAUACUUGACAAGAUACAAGAACCGAGCCUUAUUAAUGCAAAAAACAAUGCAUUGCAAACACCUCUUCAUAUUGCUGCACAGAAUGGCUUGAAGAUGGUAGUUGAGGAAUUGUUAGCAAAGGGAGCAUGUGUACAGGCAGUAGAUGAAAAUGGUCAUACACCAGCCCUGGCUUGCGCUCCUAACAAAGACGUGGCUGACUGCCUGGCACUCAUUUUGGCUACCAUGAUGCCUUUUUCUCCUUCCAGUACAAUGACGCCACUCAACUUCGUUUCUUUUAAAAAAGACCAUUUGAGCAGGACUCUUCUCUGCAAUAGCUCCAAUAUGAGCAACACUCUUAACUCAUAUAGUAAAACCUUAAUGAAUGAUGAAGGAGCAGAAAAUGGAUACAAUGACAAUGAUUCUGAUUCUGAAACAUUUUGACUUUUUAACAUUCAGUGCCCCUUUCUUGAUUGCAUUUGCAUUUAAUCUGAAAUUUUCUUUAGAAACACCUGAAUUUCACCUCACCAUCAUUUAUGAAUGAGAAUAGCAAAGACUAAAAUUUGCAAAUAAAUAGAGCCUUCUAGAAAAUUUAAGGAUUUUUUAAAAAUGCACUCUAGUUAAUGUUUUGCUUCCAGCACUACUGUGCUUUCCAUAAAUUCUAAGGGCUCCCCUGGAAGUCUCUACCUCCUAUUAUAUGCAGAAAAAAGAAGCUGCCUUUUUCUGUUUUGACAGCACAAGUAAACAGGGAACUGUUAUGUUUAUAUUAAUAUGUUAGCUAUAUUAAACUGCUGAUAUAAAGUCAUUUAUCAAGUAGGGUGUUUCUGGAUUAUCAGAAGACCUUCCCAUUUCUAGUAUCUCUUGUAUAGAUAUAUAGUCUUCAUUUGUAGGUAUCUUUGUUAUAAAAACCAAAGGUAAAGCCACAAAUUUUGAUUUGGGUUUGAACAAAUACUGCCAACAUCACCAUUUUCUGUGGCAAUUCAGACUUCUAAAUUCAUCACAGUAAUACCCAAUAGGUGUUUUAAAACAAUAGGUAUUUGCUGUUUCCAUUUGCAAUUUAAAAUCAUUAGGAUCAAAUCUUGUUUGCCACAGUCGCAACAUACCCACCUGCAGCUGCAGCAAAGAGAUUAUUGUAAAGGCAGAUGAGAUAUGCCUUAUUUUUGUUACCAUUCAGCACAAGCAUGCAUGGUUUAUUUGCACUCUCCAAGUAGGGAUCCUUGGGAACUUGUCUUACCUGUGCUGUCCAGCAAUUAUUUGUUUUAUGAAAAAUCAGUUCUAAAUAUAAUGCCUAACGCACCUAAAUGUUUCACCCUGCUCAUUUGAAUUGACUUUUUGUUAUCUUUAUGUGUAAUGUGAUUUUUAUCAUAAGCAUUGUCUGACUUUUUUGGAAAGUAUACCACGAGAUAGAUUACAGUCCUUCUUAUUUACCAUUGCUGUGCUAAGAUGCAAACAGGAGACAAAACCAAAACAUAAAGUGGAAAAGUUAAGUAAUCAUACAGAAGGGAACUGGGUUAUACUAAACAGUCCUGCUGGCGUCAAUUUACUUUUUAAACAUUUGCAUUAUGAAUAUCUACUCCUUCUGCCAAAGCUUCUAGGUCAAACGGACCCUUUUCCUCGCCUGAGAAAGGUGUACAGAAAGAAGAGUGAGACUCUUAAAAUAUAAAGAACUAACCAGCUAUACCAUGAGGACCAAAAGGCUUCAGAAGACUUUAUUAUUUUUUUAAUAAUGCAAGGGGAAAAAAUCAAGUAACUUUUCUAAUCACCAAUGCACAAAUAGUGUUUUCUGUAAUUAAGAGUCUUGGGUUCUUUCUAGUAGAUACUUUUGACAUUUGUAACCAAUGAUGAUGAUGUGUUGAUCACAGUUUAUUUUUCCAGACUAGUGUUCGUACUUGUAAUGUUAAAUGUGUUUAUAUUUAUUUGAAAUGAAACAAGUGCCCAGAAAAAUUGACCAUGGUUUGUCCUCCUUUUUAAUUCUAUAAUGUGUUAUUAGCUAUGAAUUUAAGCAAAUUUAGUGUGCUGAGAUUGAUGGAACAAAUGCACACAGUUAUCAUUUUCAGCUCUUAUGCAGCCAGCUGGGAAUAGCUUCAUGCACAUUUUGUCAAACGCAGUGGAGGAGUACAUUGCAUAGUAUUUUUUGGCAGAGCAGAGGGGAACAUAUAAAGGAAAAAAUGUGUGAUUUAGUCUUUAAAAGGGUGGUGGUGAAAAUUUGUCAAAGUUCAAAAGGAGAAUUGUGGAAUCAAAAGGAAAGUGUACUUCCUCGUUUAUGGAAGCAAAAUACAAUUUUUUAAAAAACCCGAAACAGAAGUAGUAGACUAUCUGCUGCUUUGUUAUCUAUUCUACACAGAUAUUUGAAACAAUUUAACAUAACCACUCAUUGCUAUAUAUCGAAGUAUGUUAGAGACAGAAUAUGUGAAUUGAUUCUUGGAUGAUCAGUAAAACGUAACAAAGUUUCACUUUGCUUCUAUAAACAAGAUUUGCCGGAAAAGCUUCCAUCUUGAGACUGCAUCUUCAUCUAAGUCAAAUGUAUUUUCAUUCUGGGCUAUACAUUGCAAAAAAUAGAAACAGACAUCUUGCAUUGUAAUGGAAGUUACAAAACAUUUCCAAUUUGAAACAGCUGUUUCUGCACAAUAUUGUUCUGAUUUCACUGAAACUGUUCUGUUGCUCUACUGUACCAGUAUUUGAAGAAGUGUUACAAAUUCAAAAUGCUUUGCACACAUCUAAAACGUAAUCCUCGUAGGAGACUCUUUAUUCUCAGAUAGGUGACAGUGUUCCUCAGAUUUCAGCCAUUUUGUAGUUACACUCAUAAACAAAAAUGUCUGAGAUGAAAAGGUACCACUAAAACUGACUGAAACUCUCAGUUGUUCCUUUUUUUAACCCCCAGCCAGUGUAUUGAGAGAAAAUUCCCAGCAAAAUACCAAAAGAAAAACUAGGAUCAGAAAUAUUCCCAUAAAUCAAUUGAUCUUUUUGCCGCAUGACUGAUUUUUUUUUUGUCCCAACUACUGAUUAACAUAUCAGAAAUUAAUUUUUUUCUCACAAUAUAAAUAAGCACAAAGUUAUGCACUUCUAUUCUAGGAACAUUUACUACCAAAGCUCUAUUUGAAUGAUUUAGGGCAGGGGUGUUAAACUCGUGGCCCAUGGGCCGGACCAUCAUGUGCUGGCCACACCCACCCAUUUUAGCAAAGAGGAGUUGUGAUACAUCACGUGACAACAACGUGACACUGCGAGUUUGACACCCAUGAUUUAGGGUAAUAAAAUAUUCUCCAGGUUUUCAAUUUGAUCCAUGUUAUUAACAAAAUUCUCCAUCAUGACACACACUUUCAACCAGGUCUUAGAGAAGUUUUUCAUACUACAAUUUGCAUUCUGUAGCAUUGAUAAAAUAAAAAGAGACUAUGAUAAAAUAAAAAGAGACUAUUUUUCUGAAGAAUGCAAGUGUAGAAUUGAGUAAAAAUUGUUACAGACCUCUAAAAUACAAAAUGGUAAUUAUGAGUUUUUAAGAAAAAGGCAAUAUUUAUGCACACAUUUUGAAAUUGCAAUAUUAGCAUAUAUGUAUUUUUAAAUGAUAUUUGUACAUGACUAGGAACUAUAAUGUAAGAGGCCCUCACUAGUUAUUGCCUUGAUUCCUAUUAAAUACAGAGAAUGUUAAAUCCUGUUGUGGGUUUUAAGGUGUUUGUUAAAUUCUGAGGACUACUGGAUAUUCCUUAAAACCCACAAUUAAAAUUUUGCAGUGAAAUUAUGGGUGCUUCCCAGCAGAAAUACCGUAAUCAUUUAUAAAAAGUAGUUUUACACCUUAGUUAGUUUUUGAAAAAAGAAAAGGAAAUGAAAGAAGUGAGGAUAAUGUAGAAAAGUCACUUUGUUUUCUUGACUGUUCAGCAAAAAUUUCACUUGGAUAUCUCCCAAGGCUGCACAAGUCACAAAUUUCAUUAAUGAGCCAAUCAUUAAGAGUACCUUCAUUUUAUAGAGCAUAGUAGCCCAGUUUUACGGCACUUCAGGAAGUGAGAUAUUACUGUAUGUUCUAAAUGUGCUUUAAGAGGAAAAGGCUAAUAUUGAGUAAUUUCUGUUUGUUAAAAUCUUUUGGCAUAGAACAGUGUUACUUUUUUUCUCUCUCAGGAUCUCCUCCCUCUUUUAAAAAUCAUGGAGGACUCCAAAAGAAUUUGUGGCUGAAUGGGUUAUAUUUAUCUAUAAUAUAUUUAGUAUAUUAAGAAUUAAAAUUGACACUCUUGCUUCUUGUGAUUGUUGAUGGGAUUUUAAUACUGUAUUACUUUUCAAUCUAGGUGGGCAAAUAAUUUUGAUUUUAUAGAUUUGAGGGGACCCCCCCUCCCAAGGGUCCUAAGCAGCAGUGGGAUUCACUUACCUUCUCUACCGGUUCGCAAAUGUGAGCGCACUCACCUUGUCUGCACAUGCGCACAGCCUUCUGCACAUGCGCAGUAGGCGCGUGUUACAUGAGGGUGGGCAGAGCCUCCCGCCGUUGCCACUACCAGUUCAUGCGAUCCGGAGAGAACCGGCUGAAUACCACCUCUGGUCCUAAGACCACACUUUAAUAAAUUCUGGUAUAGAAGAACCGAGAGGUUUCAUGCCACACUUGCAUCUGAGCAACACUCUAUAAUUUCACAUUAUGAUUUUUAUUAGGUAGCAGAGCUCAGCUGUAGCUGAAAGAGAAUUCCCUCAUUUUCCACUUUUCACAUUAGAGCUUGGGGAUAGGCUGUUUUCUUGUUGGUGGGAACUCUCACCUCACAUUUUCCCAUAACUCCUAAGCUGCCAUAGCACUAUCGUUUCAUGUCCUUUUGCCAGGCUUUAGUGUUGUAGAAAUGUGGCUUUGCAGCUCCAGCUAUAAAGACCUUACAUUCUUGUGCAUGUUUUUUCACUGUCUCUCUUUUUUUCUCUUUUUCCGCUUUUCUAGAAAAGGAAAGUAUGGAAGGAAAUUGAGGGGGCGGGGCACAACUUGAAUGUCAUUUUUGGUACAUCCCUGUUGGUCCAUUAUAAAGAAAGUUAAUCAACUCAUGAGGAGUUUUCAGCAGCUCAGGACUAUAACAGGUUGAUGCCAGAAUAAUUCUGAGUUUAUAGAAUGGCAACGGUGGUUGCAUGGAGAUGCCCUCAUAGUUGUGAGUCAUCUGGAUCCUACUUAUUAUCUAAUAACAAUAGUUUGCUGUUGUGGGUUUUUUUUUUUCCAAAAAAGAAGCAAUGCAUUUGGUUAUAAUGGUAUAACUAUGAAGGAAGACAUGAAAUAAACAGAAUGACCAAAAAAAAUGGAUCACCAAACAAUCAGGGAAAUCAAAUUACACUUACAAAUCUAUAAGUUUUCUUUCUUAGUACUAUAAUGUUUUAUAAUUGAAAUGAGUUCUCUAGAACAGUACUAAAUAUUAUUAAACAUCACUUGAAACAAAACACCAAUGUUUCCAUGUAGAAUUGAGUAAAAAGUCUCAUUUUCUUCUUCCUUCUUCUUGGCUGAUCAUAUCAAGCUAGUCACCAAGAAACACACACACACAUACACACUGUAGCCUCCACAAAACAUCAGGAGGGUAUGGGGAGAGCAAAUGUGGGGAACAGGUCAAAGGACAGUCCACCAUGCAAACAGAAAUCUUCUACAGCAUUGGAGUUAUUCACAAUACAAUGAUCUACUCACCCGAAUAAUUUGAUAGUGACUUCUAUAAAUACAUUUUUCAACACUUUAUGCUAAAAAUCCUCUGCACAGCUAUGUAGAAAUAUAAUAGAAUAUAGUUCUGAAUUCCUGAGUUCAGACUACAUUAUGUGUUUCUGUCCUAUCAACAAUCCCAGCCUACUGUCUUGAAAAGACUAUUGGGCUAAAAUCCUUGGCUAUACAAUCUUUUGAACUUAAAAGAGAUUGUUUCUGAAUAGACCUAUAUUCAUUUGUAGCGCCAUCUUCUCCAAAUAUAUGCUUACCUAUCUCUUUUAUAUGUAUUAUUUCCAUAUAAAAGAGUAAUAAAACCAUCUUAAUUAAAAUGGGAAAUUUGCAGUUAGUGUCAGUGGACUAUGGAUUCCAUUCUAAUUGCUUUCUUAUCUAAAUGGCAAUACGGUUUAGUAGCAGAUAAGGUACUGUAUUUUAACUAUAAUAAUAAAUGUCAGUUAUGGCCUGUUUUGAUUUGUUUGAUUAGCUUUUGUCAAAAGAUAAGCACUAUUCUACUGACAUCAGUGGUGUUGAUUUGAUAAAGAUUGAGAAGCAUGAUCUAGAAGGUGAGUAAUAACGCAUGCACCUCUCUAUAGUUACAGUUCUGUGUUAGCAGCUUGUAUUCCAUUCAUGUGAAACUUCAGCUGCCAGGUUACAAUGCAUGGCACUUACCCCUUGCUGAUCUGUAUUGUUUCAAGUGUUAAGAUAAACUAGCUCAGGGGAUAUCUGUAUCACUACUAAAAGGGCACCAUGUUGUGUUUUGGUACUAUUAUAGCAAACCUUUGUAUUUAACUAAGAAUUGAGUAAAUUCAAUUUCUUGUCUUCUCUGUUUAGAAACUUGAUAAUGCACCUGAGUUUCAUAAUGUAAGAAACUUUUAGAGUGCCUUUUUAUAUUUGUGUAUGCUGGAUAUCUAUUGUGAACAUGUCUUUCCUUCAUUUGAGUCAUACUGAAGCAAUAUAAUACCUAUAUGUUUUCGUUUCAAAGCUUUACGGCUUUGUCUUUUUUUAAAAAAAAAAUUGUGUUGACAUAAAAUUAAUAUGCUAAAUUUGUAUAGGAAUUUAUACAUUUUCUUAUUACACAAAGCAAACCUUAAGUCAGUGUUAUUGGGAAGGAUGUUUUAAAAUGGUGACAAUCUUGAGUGUGUAUUAAAUGCAGCUAUCUGUGUUUGUAAUGCAGUGACAUACAUUUUAAAAAGCCAAUAUCUAAUGUUUUGUAGUUUUGUCUGUAUAUUUUAUGCUUUUAGCAUGUGCAAUAUAUCUUUACAAACCAUGGUGUCAUGAAUCUGGUGCCAGUGUUACAUUUUGUAUGAAAUAUUUGUAAUAAACAGUAUGAAAUAUUGUUGAAUGGUUUGUGCUAAUUUUUUAAAAUAUGGAAUUUGAAUUAAUCAAUGUGUUACAUUAUGUGGUUUUAAAAAUGGAUAUGAAAUAUUACUUUGAACCAUAGGCUGGGUGCACUCAAGUUUAAUAUCCUUUCAACUACUGAAUGCUGUAUUAUUGUAAUGGGCUCUUUUAUCUGCAAAUUACAGUAAUAUUAAAAUGCAUUCAGAUGGAUAUUUUUACAAAUAAAUGGUACAAAUACCAUGGCAACUCCAAAUUCAUUCAUCGGUACUUUUACAUACAUUCAGGAUUCUGAAUGCCUGUAAACAAUAAGAAAUACAUAACUGCAGAAAAAUACUAGUGAGUACAGCUUUCUGAACAGUGCUUAAAAUACAUUAUAAAAAUACAUACCUAAAACUAUAAAAACAUAAAGCAAUGCAAUUGUUAUGAAUAGCAUAAAUGAGACUGAUAUAUCUCAAAAUCACUAAUGAAAAACUUUGUGAAAUAAUAAAAUGGUACUCCAAAAAUUAUCUAUUCCUCCAGAUAUUAAACACCUGAAAAAUAAAAAUGUGUUCUUCUAUAGCAAAUAUGCCUCUGGAGAUUUUGAAAAAUAGGAUUUUUUAUAAACUUCUAUCAAUUAUCAUACUAAGUUCAGUUGUUUAGAAGUGUACAGUAAAAGUUUGAAAGGCCUGUUCCUUAUUCUUGAAGGAGCAGGCAUGAAGGGAGAAAGGAUUUUUAGAGAAGAACCAAAUAUGAUUGGAGAAAGGCAUUUGUAUGGAUGUGGCCUGUUGCUUAUUUCUGUGUCCAAUAACUGUGCAUAGGUAGUAAACUGUACAGAAACCAGAGUUGAGUAUUGUAGUGUUAUCCAGAAAUAAGUCCCAAGUGAAAAGAUUAACAACAAUUUUAAAAUCAUUGUAGAAGGCGGCUGUAGGGUCCUCCAUUAUAAAACUGAUUGCCUAAUGAUGAGACAGCAUUACAUACAAUGAAUCUCUUGGAUCAUUGCCAAAAAUCAAAGAAUUCCAAAAAUCAAAGAAUUCAUCCAGCUGCUUGUCUGUUUAUCUGUUUCAUUUAUAUCCCACAUUUUUUUACUGGAACGUAAUGUGACUUACAUAGAUUCCUUUCUGUUUUCCCCACAACCAUUACCUUGGGAUUUGGGCUGGCCUAAAGUCACCUAAUGACCUUUUAGGCCUGAGAGUGGAAUAGAAUCUGGGUCUCCACUCCCAUUACUAGUCCAACUCAGUAACCACUCUACCACACUGAAUGGAAGGUGAGGCAACAACCACUUUAUAUGUACCCUCCACAUCUUCCUAAUGUCUUCUCACUUCUGCUGCCAAUAUGCCCACCAAUUUACAACUGUAAUUGAGCCCAGAAUUGUGGUCGUAACUCAUUGUGAUAAUAAAUUGAGGUACCAUACAACCAUUCAAAAUUGCAACUGUUUUUUUUUUAUUAAUUAAGACUUUAAAUUACAACCCCAAACUGAUAGGCCAGUGUAAAGCCUUCAGGAAAGGUGUCACAAGUACCCUUAAACACCCAUGAGCACUGAAGUCACUACAUUUUGCACAAACUGAGCCUUCAGUCUGGUCCUUAAAGGCAGCCCAAUGCGGACCAAGUUGCAGUAAUUUAAAUGUUUCAAUAUUCCAAAAGCAGAACUAAUGUAAAUUGCAGGAAAUAAAAAGAGUAGACCACAUACUACUUUGAGUCAAUUUUAUACAGGUCUUUGAAAUAAUUUAAUAAAAUCACUCAUUGCUAUAUUCAGAGAAAGUCAGAGAUUAAGAAUAGUGAAUCUAUCUUUUUGUUGCUUGAAGGCCCAUAAUCAAUUUGACUUGAAAGCCCAUAAUCAAUUAAUUAUUGGAUUGUUAAUAUGUAAGAAAGGAAGUUACAGCUAUCAUUUCCAAACAAGAAUAAUUUGCUGGAAAAUUUCUUAUAUUAUUUUGUUUUGCAAUUGUUUUUUCUUUUAAAUCAUCUGUUGAAAUAUGAUUUCUAUUUUUAAGGGUCAUCUUUGAACAUAACUAAAAAAUGUCUGAUUGAAACCCUUGUAAUCCUGGUCAGAAAGUACUUUUUUAACUGAGUUUGCCUCAUUUUGGGGAUAAAAAUACUGUAAAUAAUAGGGAAACUGUUUGCAAGCUUCCAGAAGACAUCAGGCUGACUGCUGCUGGAACCAUAAUGUUGGAUGGUUUUGCAUUACCAAAUUAUUUGGUACAUAAGCCAAUUGUACAGAAAGUUGCUGUUUGUAAGAAACAAUUUUAUAUUUAUGUUCUCUAAGCUUCAUGGUUGGAAUUUUAUGUAUCAUUAAACUCUUAAGAUUAAUUUUUCA